CCGGCUUGCUUUGUUGAGACGUCGACGCGCCAUGCACAACCCCGUUUCAGCCGAGGCUCCUGCCCUACCUAAAUCCGAUUCUCCUGCGCCACCCAUCAAGCCUCCAGCACGACUGCCAAUCAAGGCAGCCGGCCGCCGCUCGGACGGUGAGAUAGACCCCGUUGAGUACCAGCGCCUUCUAAAUGAGGCCGACCGCUUGACCUGGGAGCAAUGCUAUUAUAUCAUGAAAGAGGAGGCGGACAUGGCGAGAGUUCUUCUCCUGCACAUCGGUCUCGAGCUGUUGUUUGACCUCCCAAAAUUCAUGCUGAUCGCGCUGGUGUGGGUCCGCAAAGCUGGCUGA